GCUCCUAGCGGCCGCGCUGCUCACACCGAAACGCUGAGAGACACACAGAGAGAGAGAGAGGAUGUUGAACUGUAGUGUGACUGUAAAUUUAUUGGGACUAUAUUACCGGCUACGCACAUGGGGCUUUUGAAAGCCGGUGUCCUUAAGAAUAAAACAACUUUUUGGGGGGCGCGCGUGAAAGUUGAAGGCGGGUUUCCUGGUUGUCCUCGAGCGCAGACAUCCUCGCUGAAGAUUUGAAAGGCGCUCGAGACGCCUCGGAAGGAAAGCGUAGAUGUGCGUGUCAAUUUUUUUGCUCUUGUUUUCAUUUCUUCGGUCCGGACUUUAAUUUCCGAAAAGGCUCCGAAAAGACUCCGGCUCGUCACACGGCAGACACCGCGGAUGAAGUCACCGGACAAGCGGGGAUAAUAUUUUCCUCAAAGCGCCGAGAGUUUGGAGGCUGGAUGAGCAGCUCCGCGUGAACUCCUGUUAAAUGGAUCCUCUGUGUGUUUGGACACUGAAACUGGCUUUUGUCAGUGAGUAGGACGGUGUUGGGAGCUGUCCAUCACUGCCAGAGCCGGUGGAGCGGACUUGAGCGCAGUCUUCACCUAUUUUUUUUUUUAUUUAUUUAUUUUUGCCCCCGCAGUGAAUUUAGAGGAUUUGCGCGACCGCUGUGGAUGUUUUAAUAUGCAAGGAUGGGUCCGCUAGCGUUCAUCCUUGUUAGUGGAUUACUGUACUUUCAAGCUGAUGGAUCCCGUCUGCGCCAGGAGGACUCCCCACCCCGGAUUGUGGAGCACCCCUCUGACCUGAUCGUAUCCAAAGGGGAGCCCGCCACUCUCAACUGUAAAGCGGAGGGGCGGCCCACCCCGACGGUGGAGUGGUACAAAGACGGGGAGCGGGUGGAAACGGACAAAGACGACCCACGUUCGCAUCGCAUGCUGCUUCCGACCGGCUCGCUUUUCUUCCUGCGCAUCGUUCACGGAAGACGGAGCAAACCCGACGAGGGAGCCUACGUCUGUGUGGCCCGGAACUACCUGGGAGAAGCCGUCAGCCGCAAUGCAUCCCUGGAAGUAGCAUUGCUGCGAGAUGACUUCAGGCAGAAUCCGACCGAUGUGGUGGUGGCGGCAGGAGAGCCAGCAAUACUUGAAUGUGUCCCUCCCAGAGGUCAUCCUGAACCCACCAUCUACUGGAAGAAAGACAAAGUGCGAAUUGAUGACAAGGAAGACAGGGUCACUAUUCGAGGAGGAAAGCUCAUGAUCUCAAACACAAGAAAGACUGACGCUGGCAUGUAUGUGUGUGUGGGCACCAACAUGGUUGGAGAACGGGACAGUGAGACGGCACAAGUAACAGUGUUUGAGCGACCAACCUUCCUUCGGAGGCCAAUCAACCAGGUGGUCCUAGAAGAGGAGACGGUUGAGUUUCGGUGCCAGGUACAAGGAGACCCCCAACCAAAUGUUCGCUGGAGGAAAGAUGACAUUGAUGUUCCCCGUGGGAGGUACGACAUCCGUUACGACAAGGACGACUAUAUGCUGAGAGUGAAGAAAGCUUCCAUCAGCGACGAGGGCACGUUCACCUGUGUGGCCGAAAACCGCGUGGGCAAGCUGGAGGCUUCGGCCACUCUCACAGUCAGAGCUCGCCCUGUCGCUCCACCCCAGUUUGUCGUCCGCCCUCGAGAUCAGAUCGUGUCUCAAGGCCGCACUGCCACCUUCCCGUGUGAAGCCAAAGGAAAUCCCCAGCCGGCCGUUUUCUGGCAGAAGGAGGGGAGUCAGAUUUUGCUGUUCCCCAACCAGCCCCAGCAGCCCAACAGUCGCUUUUCCGUGUCGCCCGGCGGAGAGCUCACCGUCUCAUCUGUGCAGCGAGCAGAUGCCGGCUACUACAUUUGCCAGGCUCUGACCGUCGCGGGCAGCAUCCUCGCUAAGGCUCAACUGGAGGUCACAGAUGUUCUCACAGACAGACCCCCGCCUAUCAUCCGCCAAGGCCCGUCCAACCAGACCCUGGGGAUGGACAGUGUUGCGCUGCUGAAGUGUCAGGCAUCUGGAGACCCCAUCCCCUCCGUCAGCUGGCUGAAGGACGGGGUCAGUCUACUGGGAAAGGACUCCCGCAUGUCGCUACAGGAGCUGGGCAGCCUGCAAAUCAAAAACAUCAAGCUCUCAGACUCGGGGAUCUACACGUGUGUGGCCACCAGCUCCAGCGGGGAAACGUCGUGGAGCGCUUUCUUGGAAGUCAAAGACUCAUCGGCAGUGAUUGUCACAAAGAGCUAUGAUGAGAACGAGCUUCCAGGUCCUCCGUCUAAGCCUCAGGUCACCGACGUUACCAAGAACAGCGUGUCAUUGUCGUGGCAGCCCGGGAUGACCGGCGCCUCUCCUGUCUCUUCUUUUGUCAUCGAAGCUUUCAGUCAGUCUGUGAGCAACAGCUGGCAAACCGUGGCGGACCACGUCAAGACCACCCAGUUCACCGUCAAAGGUCUCCGUCCCAACACCAUCUACCUCUUCAUGGUCAGAGCCGUCAACGGCCAAGGCUUAAGUGAUCCGAGCCCAAUGUCUGAACCUGUUAGAACACAAGAUAUAAGCCCUCCCGCCCAGGGAGUGGACCACAGGCAUGUGCAGAAAGAGCUCGGAGAGGUCAUAGUUCGCCUGCAUAAUCCCGUUGUCUUGAGUCCCACCACCGUUCAGGUCACAUGGACAGUGGACCGCCAGUCCCAGUUCAUCCAGGGUUACCGGGUUUUGUACAGGCAGACGUCCGGGCUUCCUUCGCCGGGGGCGUGGCAGACCCAGGACGUGAAGGUGCCCUCGGAGCGCAGCGUCGUCCUUUCGUCACUGAAGAAGGGCAUCGUUUACGAGAUCAAGGUCCGGCCGUACUUCAACGAGUUUCAAGGCAUGGACAGCGAAUCGAAGACGGCACGGACCACCGAGGAGGCUCCCAGUGCCCCCCCUCAGCAGGUAACCGUCCUGACGGUGGGAAACCAGAACAGCACCUCCAUCAGCAUCUCCUGGGACCCCCCUCCACCCGACCACCAGAACGGCAUCAUCCAGGAGUACAAGAUCUGGUGUCUGGGGAACGAGACGCGUUUCCACGUGAACAAGACUGUGGACGCAGCCAUCCGCUCCGUGGUGGUGGGCGGGCUGCAGGUGGGCGUGGUGUAUCACGUGGAGGUCGCCGCCAGCACCAGUGCAGGAGUGGGAGUGAAGAGCGAACCUCAGUCUAUAAUCAUCGGGAAAGAGUUCCGGGACGUGAUCAUACACGGAAACCGGAACAACAGCAUCACGGAGCAGAUAACGGAUGUGGUGAAGCAGCCGGCCUUCAUCGCCGGCAUCGGAGGCGCCUGCUGGGUCAUCCUCAUGGGCUUCAGCAUCUGGCUCUACUGGAGGAGAAAGAAGAGAAAGGGCCUGAGCAACUAUGCAGUUCAGUCCUUCACCUUCACCCCUGCAGUGACGUUCCAGAGAGUCGACGGCGGUCUGAUGAGCAAUGGAAGCCGUCCAGGCCUGCUGAACGCCAGUGACCCGGGCUACCCCUGGUUAGCCGACUCCUGGCCGGCGACCAGCCUGCCCGUCAACAGCAGCUCCGGAGGACCAAACGACUUGACUAAAUUUGGUCGAGGAGAUCUCCCCACUGGACAGGGAGAUAAAACGGGCACCAUGCUGUCCGACGGAGCCAUCUACAGCAGCAUAGACUUCACCACCAAGGCUAACUAUAACAGUCCUGGUCAAACAUCCCAAGCCAAUCCUUACGCCACCACUCAGAUCCUCCACUCCAGCAGCAUCCAUGAGCUGGCCGUGGAUCUGCCCGACGCCCAGUGGAAGGCUUCACUUCAAGCUAAGCAGGAAAUGGCCAACCUGGGCUACUCCCUGCCUGACAAGAACUCCUGCAACAACACCCUCCUUUUCAUUCCCGACUACCGAUUGGCCGACGGAUUGUCUAAUAGAAUCCCACACAACCAAUCACAAGAUUUCAGCACCACCAGCUCUCACAACAGCUCAGAGCGAAGCGGCAGUCUCUCAGGUGGAAAAGGAGGAAAGAAGAAGAAAACCAAGGCUGGAUCUAAACCUCCUAAAGCUAAUGGCUCCAACUGGGCCAAUGUUCCCCUGCCCCCUCCCCCGAUUCACCCGCUACCCGGCACAGAGAUGGACCUGUAUCCCAACGAGCACCAUGACGGAGGAGGGUAUGAGAAUGACACGUGGGGCCCACCCAUGCCUGUGCAGACGUACCUUCAUCAAGGCAUGGAAGAUGAGCUGGAAGAAGAGGAGGAAAGGGUUCCCACGCCACCCAUCCGAGGAGUGGCCUCCUCUCCGGCUGCCGUCUCUUUUGGACAGCAGUCCACAGCCACCCUCACCCCGUCUCCCCGGGAUGAGAUGCAGCCCAUGCUCCAGGCCCACCUGGAUGAGCUGACCAGAGCAUACCAGCUGGACAUGGCUAAACAGACAUGGCACAUGCAGGGAGGCUCUCUUCCUCCCCUGGCACCAGCUCCGCCAGUGGGCUAUGUGUCGAGCACAAUGGUUUCCGACCUGGAGACUGACCUGCAAGACGAGGAGGAGGAAGAGGAAGACGAGGACGAGGAUGAGGGCUACGGAGCCAGGCAUCCCCGUGGUAUUGAGCACACACCAGGGUCCAGCAUGGACAACCUGGACAGCUCUUUAACAGGGUCCAUGGUGAAUGGGUGGGGCUCGGCCUCGGAGGAUGAGCGUAAUUUUUCCAGCCAUAGAUCCAGUCUGGGCAGUUCUUCCGAUGGCUCCAUCUUUACCCACUGCAGCUUUGCCCAGGCCCUUGUGGCUGCUGCAGACAAGGCAGGCUACCGCCUUGAGGGAACCAGCCUCAGCAAGAGAGGUAAAGGCUUGUCCCACAGGCCCCGUCCCAGCAGUCCAUUUUCAACAGAUGGCAGCACAGUUGGCACACACAGCCUGGGCCACCAGAGGGCCACCAGGCCCACCCGCAAACCACGAAGUCAAGGCACAACACCUCACCGGAGAGACACUGGUGCAGACGACCUACCUCCCCCCCCUGAGCCUCCUCCCUGUCAGGGCCAGAGCCGCAUCCAAGGGACCCGCAGUGUAAACAACAUGGCACCACCCACAGACAGGAAGGCUUCGUCUCUGGAGCGCACGCCCAUGUCAGGACCGCUCUGUGGGCCAGACGACAUGAAGAGCUCUAUUGACAGACAGAUGCGAGCCUCUCUGGAACAUCACCGCCAGGCCCAGGAUCGACUGGGCUCCAUGGACCGGACGGACGAUGCCCGCAGGUGCCACAAAUCAGAGGAUGGGUGUGUCCCAUACAGCAAGCCGUCCUUCCCCUCUCCCGGUGGUCACAGUUCCUCUGGGACGGCCUCCUCCAAGGGGUCAACGGGGCCACGCAAGACCGACGGGCCGCGGCAACCACAACAGUGGACGGCUACGGAGCAUGCCGAAUUUCUGGGGGCCAACGGACAUGGAGAGUUAUAGUGACCCUUCUGGGCUCCCGUCCGGGCCAAUAAACUUUCUCCUCGUACCUGUGUGUUCUCAGAGGGGGAGGCGCCCGGCGGUGGAGGGCGCCACGGCGGUGGAGGGCGCCACGGCGACGAAGCGGUUUCACAGAACUGUACAUGUGAUGUAAAGUCACAAACAUACUGUACAUCUCACAAUGGUUUAGUCCUCAAGAAAAUAUUUUCCACCACCUACCUUACUGUAAUUUUCUUUUUGUUAGAAAAAGGCAAGUUUAAAAAAAGGAAAAAAAAAAAAAAAGAAAGGAAGCAUCUAGGUGGGGAAAAAAUAAUAAUAAAACUUUGUUGUAUCUACCCUUCGGGAAAAGGAAAUAUUGUUUCCUGUAAAUAUUUUCUUUGCCAUGUUGUUGCAUUGCUAUGCAAACCCAAUAGAGUUUAAUUUUUUUUUUAUUUCCAUAUACAAUAACAGUUGGGUUUUACCUGGUUAUUUGUACUAUAUGUGAACUAAUUGGCUUUUGUGCCAUAAGAUUUUUUUUUAUCCAUUGUUUGUUAAUAGCUACCAUUAAUUAUUAUUAAUAUUAUCAUUAUUAUUAAUAUUAUUAAUUAUUGUUUUUUUGCACUGCAAUUUUUGGUGAUAAGCACAAAAACAUAGCUCCUGCUGACAUGAAGAACCGGAAGAAUAUGUGAAGAGGAGUUUCUGUACUGUAAAGUAAAGAGAAGAAGAUAUAUUCUAGUGUACAGAGAGAUAUUAAAGAGUCAUGCUUUUCUCACAGACAGCAUCCAUUUCUACAGUAGAGACGAACCGAGUGGCAGACGCCAGUCCUGAAGGCGCGAGGCAGAGCUACAAGGCCUGGGAACGGAUCCGAAACCGAGCCAACUCGUGGAUUCGGUUAGCUAUUAAUUUAUUCUUCUCCUUUUUGUUGAAUUUAUGGUUUAGUGCCUAAAUCAUUUUACAAAGCGGAUCUCAUGCUCCUGCACAGCACAGCCUCAAACUUCAAAAAGAAAAAAAAAACGGUUAACUUUGUCUGGAUGCUGACAUCACAUAUAGCACAAAUAGGGUUUUAUUUUUAUCAUAUUUUAUUUUACAAAUAGGGUUUUAUUAAGUUACAAGACCAUCUAAACUUCCUUCUAAAUUAGAUCGUUUACAUUUUAUUCGAGCUGAUUUUGUUUUAUAUUUGCUGUUUUAGCACUUAUUUGAAUCGCUUAAUCUGUUAUCACCGAUCGUAUCAAUGAAGAAAACAUUUCGUCUCCUGGGAAAAACCGAGUUAUUAAUGUGGGAAAGUCGGUGACUCACAUGUGAACCAAAUGGUCAGUUUGCCUCUUUGUCGAUUUCUAGACAGUUUAACCCCACAGAUCUGUAACAUGUCAGUUCAUUCUCCUGUUACUUAACCAUUUUGAGAAAUUAAGAGUGAAAAAAAAGCAUAAAAUCUCAUUUUCCACGUUUGAUUUAUUUGAAAGUGAUUUCCAACAGCGUCGUUCUUACUUCCAGGUUCAAACCAGUUCACUUUAGGCAUGGGCCAGAAUCAAUUUACAAUAACCCAAAGUAAAAACAGCACAGUGUUAUGAAAAUAAAAUCUAUGACAUCAUGUAGUUGAUUCUGUUUGAAAGCUAAAAGCAACAAGUCUUUCUACUGCUGCUAAAAUAGUACAUUCUGCUGAUUAUUACAGCUUAAUGUCAUGUUUAGCUUUUUAUUAUUUAGCAUUUUAUUAAUUGAUUUUCAGGGUUUAAAGAUGAAUGUUAUUAUAGUACAGAAUUCAUAACAUUUUUGCUCUAAAAUCAACAAGUUAUCAGUUUCAGCCCACAUUCACUCGCUUAAAUCCAACUCCUAGCUUAUCAACAGUUGUUUUACAACAGUGUUGCCUUAUUAAGAUAAGAGGCACUCAUUUAGGAUGGUUUCCAAUGGGGGUAAAAAACACUAUGUGGAAAAUGUUGCAGGUCUCUGUAGGCAGGUGUUGCAGAUUUGCAACAACUUAGACAGUCUUUUCAAGUAAUUUGAGCCUGAGAGGGUUAAGCCAGCUUACAGGCAGUGUGUAGGGAAAAAAAAUAGAGAAAACUCAGGUCACUCUGGAAACUCUUCAAACUUACUUUAAAUCACAGAAACUUUUCAUUUUUUGCAGACCUUGGUUUACCUUGAUCCAUAUCAUUGGCCCAUGCCUAGCAACACUUAUUAAAACUGAGAGUGAGGCCAAUGCACCAAUGGAAGAGCAGUCACUGGUGUUUAAAAAAACAUAUUUAAAAUAAAUGACACUUAACCUGGUGGGGAGGCAAGAAAAGCCUGGUGGCCCGCCAGGCUUAUAAUGCACAGAGGGAAACUCAGUGAACUAUCAAUGGAUUAGAUAAAAUUGAUUUGUCUUUAAAAUCCCCUAUUAAAGUCAGAAAUGACAAAAGGGCAAAGUGGCCAGCAUCCACAACAAGUACGAUCAGCAUAGUCUUGUCGGAAACUUUUUUUAUUGUUUAAAUGGUGAUUCCUACACACUGCGCAUCUUUAGGUUAGAGAGCUGACGAAGCAAAGGCCUUGUAUGUUAGUCAGUGGCUCCACUGCCUUCAUGUCUACAGCCACAGUGGGAAGCAAAAAACCCUUUCUUAUCCACCUGACUGCCACAAAAACACGCUGGUAUCAUUUACCGCUUUUGACUUCACAACAUCGGAUUUUUUUAGAUAUGAAUCUUUUCCAACAAAUGUCCUUUUUGGAAGCUAAGCUUGUUUCUUUGUAUGCCUUUUAUGGACUCCCAAAACGCUGCUUACAACAAUGUUUUUCAAUUGUAAUGUUCAGGAUUUUUGUGGUUCAAUGACUGUUUGUUUUGUCUUUUUUUGUACUGCUAAUGUUGAUUGAAAUAAAAAAUAGAAAAAAAAAUGGGGAUGGGGGAGUAGGGGAAACUAAAGGCCAUCAAAAUGCUGUUGUACUGUUGUCGUAACACCAUUGUCGUACUUUAUUUUAUUUUUUUAAGGAUACACCCAGUGGCCAGUGUUCUGGGAAUGAGGUGCAGAGAGUAUCUCAGGUUAUUUUGCAUUCUGGUGGUGUUUAUGUAUGUGUAUAUAUGUGUAUAUAUCCAUACACAUCUCCACUUGAUUAUUCCAUUCCUUUUUGAUUAAUAAACACUUUCCAUCCCAUGUUGGAAUCCGUUAUACCCCCUUUUUUUUUCUUCAUUAUUUUCAUUGCGUUUUAAUUUUCUGCUGGGGACUUUGAUCCCGAUGCGCUGGUUCAUCCAACUUAAAGACAAGAUGUCAGUAAAAGAACAUACCAAAUUUGAAAUUGAUAUUUCUAACGUCUAAAUGCGUUUUUGUGUCUUUAAUACUCAAUUUUCUUUCAAAUCACAGUGUCGUUUUGUAUUUAUUAAAAUGCUAAUAAAGGUAUAUUGUGAAAUAUGCAUAAAAUUUGUAAGAUAUAAAAUGUGUUUUCUUUUUUCUUUUGAACUGUUACCUUUGUUCCUUGUGAACGUUGGUGUCGGCGCUGAGCAGCGAGGCCGUUAAGAGGUGAUGUGGAGGCCGUGCUCUCCGCACAGCGAUGCGCCGGUCGGUCGUCAUCCAAGUCGCUCUUCGUCUUGCAUGUUCACUGCACUGCUCUUCUCGAGUCGCAACUUUUCGACACGGGGAGUAAAAACACAAUUUGCUUGUCGAGGCAAAAGAGAAAAUGUCUUUUUCAAAGUGCUUUACCUCUUUUCGUUCAUUUUCUCAAUAUUGUUGGUUCUUUGUAGCCUAUCUGUGUCUUUCCUUUUUGCUAUAAAAGCGGAUUAAAAAUGACAAAAAGUGAAAGUUGUUGGGUGAAGUCUUUCCUGUACAGCAUGGGGUGAGGUAACACUCCAGAUCCAAUGCCAUUUCUACGGUACGCUCCUCCUUUCUCUCUGUACACCUCCUCCUGUAUUCACUUGCAUGUUCUUUUCCAAAAAAGAGAGAGUGAAUCAAGAAAACAAACUCCUGCAGUUUAGUUCUCAUGACCUGUAAAAUAAGUCCAUCUUUUAUUUCCUUGUUCCUGGAUCAAUAUCAAAUAAAAAUAUUUUUGAAAAAUGAA